AUGAUUUCUGACGUGAGCGGCCAUGCAGAGCAUCAGAACACGGAGGAGCUGGAGUGUAAAAUCUGCUACUGCGCCUACAACCUGGGGAGCCGCCGACCCAAAGUUCUGGAAUGUUGCCACCGGCUGUGUGCCAAGUGCCUCGCCAAGAUUCAGGACCUAGGAGAAUCGCCUCCCAGCACCAUGAUCUGCCCCUUCUGCCGUUACGUCACCAGGCUGCUCGGAGAUGCGGGCAGCAGCCUCCCGGACGACUACAACCUGCUAACCAUGUUGGCCUUGGGGAGCUGCAGCCAGAGGUCUCAGAGGAACCUUCAUUUCCACCAAGAGGAACUGCUCCUCAACCCCCGGCACUUGAGCUCCUUGGUGGGAAACGAACAGACCUCGACGACCCCUACCUCCACCUCCGCUUACUCCUCCAUCCGAGGUUCUCCUAAUUUUGUGGUCAUCACCAUCAUGGAGCCCCCACCGGCCUCCUACCCAGGGCAGGACCAGCCCGGGGGAAAUCUGAUCUCCAACCGGAGGAUCCACUCCUCCAGCCAAGACUCCAUGGCGUCCAUCACGCAGAGGUGGACUCUCUGGAACUGCGCCGCCCUGCUGUGCCAAACCUCGGCCCGGGCCCUGGUGUGGGUACUGGGCCUGCUCUACUUCAGCUCGUUGCCCAUGGGGGUGUACCUCCUCAUCAUGCAGCAGACCACUGUGGGGGUCCUGCUGGUGAGCCUGGUCCCCGCCAGCCUGGUCAUGGUGAUUGUCUAUGGUUUCUGCCAGUGUGUAUGCCAGGAGAUCUGGAACUGCAUACCACCGUAA